CAAGGCGUACGUGUCCGACAGUUGACUUUAGUUCCAAAAUGGCUGUGUCCCAUCGUAGCUCCCGGUUACCUAUUCACGGUGUUCAUUAACAGUCUAGUGAAUUAAUCGCCUAAGUCGACUGGAACCGGAAACGACUGAAGAAACAAAAUAGGAUGAAAUUUCAAACAAGUGUUGAAGUGAUCCUCGCGAUUUCCUGCAUAAUCAUGCUUCGGGAAAGUGUCGGCAGUCAUCGAAGAUGCGUAAGCUGUAGGUCAAGAGGAGAACUAGGUUCGUGCAAAGACCCUUUCACUAUGAAUUCAACGCAAAUCACGCUCGAGAAAGGCGUAGAGGCGCUGCCAUGUGUCUCUGGAUGGUGUGGAAAAAUUAUCGAGAGCCAAAACUUGAACAAUGAGUAUGGUACCGCCACGCAGAGAUUAUGCUUCCAACGAGGACCAGACGACAAUGAGGAAAGAUGCGCCUAUACCGUCUGGAAUUACAAGAAAGUGUACAUGUGCCUUUGUUACGGGGAUCUUUGUAACGGGACGACGAAAACGACAAACGUCGUCAGUGGCUUAAUAGCGAUAGCCGUAUAUUUAACACAAUGGCUUGUUUGAAAAUAUGAGUGAUGUUAUUCCAUCAUAAACAGACCAAAGUGAUUGAUCUACAUUGUGCUCUCCGUAGAACGCGCAAAAAUUUACAUGAGAACCUGCAGAUUAUUUUCCCUGAUAUGAUAAUGGUGGGACAUUCUAUGUAUUAUUAUCAGUUAAGGAUCCAGAACAGUGAUCUUAGAAAUAUCGUUUGUGUAUCCCGCUACAAAUGUGCAUUUUAUCUUUUUAUACGUUAUUAUUAUUAUGAUUUUGUUUCGAUAUGUUACAGAAUUAUGCGAAUUGUGAUACGAAAUAUUAUGUGUUAUAAAAUUAA